CUGAGUUUGCGCGGUGCGGCGCUGCUGCACGAACUUUCUGGAUUUCUGAGCAAAAACGGAGAAUUAAUCGUUAUAAAUCCGGUAUUUGGAGGUUGCUGACACGAAAGGUGCAGGGGUGACACGCCGGCAGGGUAAAGAUGUCAUCGCCGUUUCCACUCCAGGUCAGUUCGGAUAACGGAGUCCGCUUAAAAAAGCGCAAAGCCAACUUCUCCUUCAGUGAAGUGCACAUCCUGCUGGACGAGGUCAAGAAGAACAGGCACGUCGUCGUAGGUAAGUUCAACUCUGGCGUUCCCAGUGACGUGAAGAGGCGGAAGUGGACCGAGAUCACGCAGUCCAUCAACGAGAUCGGCGAAUGCGACCGCGAGGUGGGCGAGGUCAUCAAGAAGUGGUCCGACCUCGAAUGCGACACCAAGCGCAAGGUCGCGGCCCUGCACUCCGGCGCCCCGCAGCCGUACUCGUCCGAUCUCACGCAGGCCGAGACCAUCGUCGGCUCCAUCCUGAACCUGGACAAGAAGCUGCUGGAGGCGGCGCAGAGCUCGCGCAAGCGCAGCAGGAGCGAGGAUCAGGACGGAGCCGGCGCAGAGGAGGGCGGAGACGUGGCGGUUCAGGGCUCGCCCAGAUCUGGGAGCGAGACGAGGACGGUGCCGCCGCCAUCGGCAGCCACGGGCAGUCUGAGUAUGAAAUGUGACGGUUCGACCACUGCAGACGCAGACUUGGCCCCGCUGGACUCGGACGACGAUCAGCACGACGCCCUCUCGUCGCCGGCGAACAACUCCUGCGCGGAGGAGGACGUGGCUCCAGGAAACGCGGCGGCGGAAAGGGACGGCGCCCGCGAGCAGCUGGCACAGAGCGCCAGCCUGAGCGUGCAGGAGCAGCACAUGACCAACGCCCUGCUGGGCACGGUGUCGCGCUCGCUGGAGCUGCUGGCCGAGUCGGUGCAGCAGCUGGCCGAGACGCAGCAGGAGUUCGCCCGCGAGUCGCUGCGGCUGCAGAGGGAGACGGUGCACGUGCUGAGAGAUUUCGCAUCCGGGGCGCUCACGCUGCUGCACGAGAGGGUGAACGGGAAGCCGCCGCUGCUUUAGGGAGGGACGGCGCGGGAUGUGCAGACUGUUUAUACACUACCUGCCUGAACCUUGAGCUCAACGUUCAGUCACAUACUUUUUUAAUUGAGUGAAUGGAAUUAUGGGAAUGAUGCCUUCCUUACCAUGAAGGACGUGUUCCAGUAAAGAGAAUUUAUUUUGGAGCACAGACGCUGCCCAGAAAUGCUGAAUAUGAUCAUGUGAUGCGCUCACGGUCGCUAAAUAUCGUGAUAUAUUGUACAGACGAUUAUCAGAACAGGCCUUUGUGAUGGACGCCACGAUUAAUCAUGUCUGGAGAAUCACAGCAGCCAGUAAUUAUUCUCAUUAUCUUUUGCUUUUUUUACUUUGUAUUUGGUUAUUAAAAUCGUAACACCAAAGCCGUCUGUGGCUGUAGCUUCACAUCACACACGCAGGACAUUUACAGAAGAACUCAGUUUGAGCAGUUGCCCCCCCCAACCCCCCACCCUUCACUCCUUCACGUGCAAAUGAACUACCACUGCCCGAACCGCGCCUACCUAAGGACCGACAGGGUCCUCCCAGACGGAGCAGUACGGACAUCUCGGUGUCCCCACAGAUGGACAUGAGGACUUCAUUAUUAUUAUUUUCUCUGUUGUAAAAUGUGAGCUGGUACUUUCUGUUCCUCAGACGCUUUGCGGAGCUCCUGAACGGAUCUCACUGCCCGGCUUUGUAUCCUCAUGUAUGAAAAGCCCUUUGAGAAGGUUUGAGCUGAUUCAGGUUCCUGUCUGUUAAAAAAAAUUGUGCUUUUCUUCUCCGGGAAGCUGAACAUAAGCGAAAUUUUAUAAACCGGAAGUGAAAUAAAGUCUCUGCUGCUCGUUUCUAGAA